GCGCAACGGCGACCGCCCCCGCCCUGACGUUGCCGGUUGCCAUGGCAGCCGGCGCCGAGCAGAGGAGAAGGGGUGGUGCUAGGUGCAGAUUCCGGCGAAGCGCUGCUGCUGCAGAGGACACGGAGCGCUCCUCUGCCGCAGGUCCGCCUUCUCCCAAAAUGAGCGGCCUCGAAGGCGGCAACAAGCUCGCGCUCUCCGAGACUCCCGGCCUCCCUGCUCCCGAGCACGCCCCAGGAGAUUCGGACUUAAGCCAGUGCCAGGGGCUCCGUGGGGAAACCGAAGAGACACCGGCCAUGGCGGAUGCAGGUGGGGUCGGUCUGGAAACCGCUGCAGAGGGAGGUACACCCCGGGAUGCCGAGGACUGCGGUCCUGCGCUCAGCCUGAUCGCUGCGAACCACGGCGGUGCGGCGAGCAAAGCGGCACAGGGAGAUGCUCCAUCUCCCAAGCAGGGCUCGGAAGCUGCCUGUGCCUCCAUGGCAGCAGACAACAGUCAGAAAAAUGGCUGUCAGCGUGGAGAGCCGCGCAGCCCUGCUGGGCAGAAGGCUCUGGAAGCCAGCGGUACAGGGGGCUUGGGGUCUUUGGUGAUCUCUGGGGCCAAAGCCAAAGAGAUGUCGACUAAGAAGUGCGCCAUCACUGUGACAGUAGAGAAGGAGGGAGAAGCCGAGGAGGGGAUGGAGAAGAAAGCUGCACCGAAGGAAAAGAAGGUGGUGGGAGGAGCGAAAGAGGAGGCUCGGCCCAGGGCUCCGAAGAUCAAUAAUUGCAUGGACUCGCUGGAGGCCAUCGAUCAGGAGCUCUCCAACGUCAAUGCCCAGGCUGACAGGGCCUUUCUUCAGCUGGAGCGCAAGUUUGGCCGAAUGCGAAGACUUCAUAUGCAGCGCAGGAGCUUCAUUAUCCAAAAUAUCCCGGGGUUCUGGGUCACUGCCUUUCGGAACCACCCGCAGCUGUCGUCUAUGAUCAGUGGCCAAGAUGAAGACAUGAUGAGGUACAUGAUUAAUCUGGAAGUGGAGGAGCUUAAACAUCCCAGAGCGGGCUGCAAAUUCAAGUUCAUCUUUCAGAGCAAUCCCUACUUCCGAAAUGAGGGGCUGGUCAAGGAGUAUGAGCGCAGAUCCUCUGGCCGGGUAGUAUCUCUGUCCACUCCGAUCCGCUGGCACCGAGGUCAAGACCCCCAGGCUCAGAUCCACAGGAACCGGGAAGGGAACACGAUCCCCAGCUUCUUCAACUGGUUCUCCGAUCAUAGCCUCCUCGAAUUCGACAGGAUUGCUGAGAUUAUCAAAGGAGAACUGUGGUCCAAUCCCCUCCAAUACUACCUGAUGGGUGACGGAGCCCGCCGAGGAAUUCGAGGCCCACCAAGGCAGCCCGUGGAAAGUCCCAGGGCCUUCAGGUUCCAGUCCGGCUAAUCUCUGCCCUCCUCGGAAGCUCCUGCACAAGUUUCCUUACCACCUCCUCCUGGACUUACGCUUGACCAAUAGCAUGCAGUCUUCUCUCUGCCUUCUCUUCAUACUGGAUCACUGUGUCCUCUGGACUUUCCGAAUCUUCAACGGAUUGUGCUUACAUGCCUGUGCUCGUCUCCUUCUGGGCCUUCAUGCUGUUCUGCAUAGUGUUACUGUUCCAGGUGCAUGGCCUUCUUCUAAUGCUUCUAUGACAAGCUCAUGAUGCUGUAGAUGCGUACUGUCUUUGCAUGGCUUGAGCCUUGUCUGGGACUAUGGUCGUCUUGUAGUUAUUUAAGUGGUUCUCUCCUACAAGAAAG